ACGUAUCCAAUGGCCAAAGUCAAUAAUUCACAAGUGACAGAAUUUAUCCUCUUGGGACUCACAGACAGUCCAGAGCUCCAAUUCCUUCUUUUUGGGGCCUUCCUUGUGAUAUACUUAAUCAGUUUCCUGGGCAAUAUUGGAUUGAUUGUGCUAAUCCACAUCAGUCCUCAGCUUCAUACUCCCAUGUAUUUUUUCCUCAGCCAUCUGGCUUUUGUGGAUUUUUGUUAUACCUCCUCAGUCACCCCUAACACAAUGGUGAACUUCCUCCAAGAAAUUAAAACAAUAUCCUUUCCUGCUUGUGCUAUACAGUUAUUUUGCUUUAUCAUGUUUGUGGUUUGUGAAGUGUAUAUGCUAUCAGCCAUGGCUUAUGACCGAUAUGUGGCUAUCUGCAGCCCUUUGCUCUAUACAAUUCGCAUGAAUAGAAGGGUCUGUACUCAAAUGGUGAUUUGUACAUACUUCUAUGGCUUCUCUGUGGGACUCCUACAGGCAGUUCUUACGUUCCAUUUGUCUUUCUGUAAGUCAAAUAUAAUAAACCACUUUUAUUGUGAUGACAUUCCAUUGCUUGAGAUAGCCUGUCAUAAAAUCUAUUACAAAGAUAUAAAGGAGCUGAUAUUGUUCACAUUUGCUGCUUUUAAUACCCUUUUCUCUCUUUUCAUUAUCCUCAUUUCCUAUAUAUUCAUUCUAAUUGCCAUUUUGAGGAUUAAUUCAAGAGUAGGCAGACAAAAAGCCUUUUCAACUUGUGCUUCCCACCUGACCUCCAUCUCUGUAUUUUAUGGCACAAUCAUCUUCAUGUAUUUGCAGCCCAAAAAGAGCAAUCCACAGGAUACUGACAAAAUAGCAUCUGUCUUCUAUGUCGUGGUAAUUCCCAUGCUAAAUCCUUUAAUUUACAGCCUAAGAAAUAAGGAAGUAAAAAAUGCUUUGAAAAGAAUUAUGGAAAAGGUAUGUUCUACUAUAAAAACACUUACGUAUAUAAAGGUCAAGAAGCAUCUUGUCUUGAAUACUUUUACUAAACAGUCCAUGACAAAAUAUAUGGCAAAAUGCUAA